GCAUAUGCGUGGCGAGUAGACGUGCGAAUGCUGGGCUCCAGUUAAAUGGUAGAAUUUUACUAUCACGAACAACUCAGAGGUGAAAACUUAAUAUCAACAUAACACAAAAAUUGUCCAAGUAAUACGGAAAAUGGUUUUAACACGGGAAAUGAGGGAUGAAUUAGAAUCGGCUGUGAAUAACGCUGUCCAUAAAUGCCUUACCAGUGAUGCAGUCAUAAAAACGAUUGUAAACAACGUGUCCGAAGCGAUAAUGAAAACAAUGGAAACGAAGUUAGCUGAAAUGGAAAAAUCCGUCAACACUAUACACGAUAAAUUAUCGAGUAUGAAAGAGGAAUAUGAUUAUAAAAUUUCUGAACUGAAAACCGAAACUGAAAUUGCCAAGUCGGAAAAAAACACUUUACAAAAGAAGUUCGAUCAAAUGGAUCAAUUCUCAAGGAGGUCAAACCUAAGAAUUUUGAAUUUCGAAGAGAAUCCGAGUGAACAAAUCAGGGAAGAAGUAAUAAAAGUGGGAAAGAAAAAUGAAGGAAAGGCGAGAGGAGUCUUCAUCAAACUACAUGACUAUAUGGUUAAGCACAAAAUCUAUAACAAAAAGAGAAUGCUGAAAGGGACUGGAAUCAUUAUAAGGGAGGAUUUAACAGGUCCUAGAAUGGAAUUGCUGGGCAUGGCUGUUGACAAAUAUGGUAUGCGAAACGUCUGGACUGAUUCUGGCAGAAUAUUUAUAAAUAAGGAUAAUAAGUUACACAAGAUAAUAUCUAAAGAUGAGUUAAUGAGCUUACUGUAA